UUGAGCUUGUUUUGUCUUUCGUCUAGUAUUCAAAACGGGAGCGCACUGAUUUCUUGUGAUAUUCCAUGUGAUUUCCGUUUCCUGUGGAAAAAAGAGGAUAAUGGGGAAACUUCUCUGCCUCAUGCUUUCCAUGUUGAUCAUUUCAACGGUUGUUCAAGGUUAUGGGAUAAACGAUCUGGACAAUCCAUGUUUACGAGAAUGUACUGGAAGUGAACCUAUGACGUGCGAGUACGACUGGACUAUUGAAUCAUAUUACUCCAUGUCACGUGCUUGCUACCAAUGUCCAUUCAACGAGUUCGAUUGCCACCGGCCUCACUGUAUACCCUCGGCCGGUUAUGCCAGGCCCGUCUACUCGGUUAACCGUCAGGAACCCGGACCGAGUAUCCAGGUUUGUGAAAAUGAUAUCAUCAAGGUUCAUGUGCACAACCGAUUGCAGAACGAAGAAGGUGAAAGUAUUCACUGGCAUGGGUUCCAUAUGCAAGGCACUCAGCACAUGGACGGAGUAUCAGGAGUUACCCAAUGCCCCAUCAAUGCAGGUCAUGAUUUUACUUAUGAGUUCAUAGCAGAACAGCCAGGUACCCACUGGUGGCAUUCUCACGCUGGUGUUCAUCGUGCAGACGGUGUAUAUGGUUCGUUAAUAGUUCGGCAAUCAUCGGAAUCCGAUCCUCAUCGAGCGCUGUACGAUAAAGACGACCCGUAUCACGUGAUCACUAUCAAGGAAUGGUCAAAGUCCCCGGCGAUAGCCAUUUCUACUGCCGGGCAGAGUGGUGUUGCAAUAGAUGCAAAUGAUGGCAUAUUGAUCAACGGAGUAGGAACAAACCAAGUACUCAGUAACUCUGACUACCCCAAUGCGACAAUCGAUCAUCAUGUCGUUUAUGUCACGUCAGGUCAAAGGUAUCGCUUCCGGGUUAUAAGUGCCGCCAACGAUGUCUGCGCGUUGUCCAUCUCGGUUGAUAAUCAUACGCUGACAGUGAUAGCAAUGGAUGGUGCCCCAGUGAAUCCAAUCGAUGUGGAUAUGAUCACCCUCUUCUCCGCAGAGAGAUAUGACUUCAUCUUAAACGCUGACCAGAGUCCUACUAACUACUGGAUUCGGGUUGCCGGGCUAUAUACUUGCGCCCAAUACCAGGAAGUGGCUAUUUUACAAUAUGCAGGCGCACCUCCCGAUUCCAAACCAGAGAGUGACAAGGACCUAAGAGCACAAGGCAAGGUUCUUAAUCCACAGACAGCACUUCGUGAUUCUGAGACGGUACUAGUGUCAGAUCUCACCGAUGCCGAUGAAAAAGAAGAUGACCUAAGCCAUGCUGAUGUCACUCACUAUCUCGAGCUGAAUGCUGUUUCCCGCAACGAGGCAAAGUCGGUUCAUCAUCCUGUCUUCUACCCAUACGAGCUAGCUGGAACAGAUACUUACAGUCUCAAAAAUCUUCCCAUCAUCAACAAUAUUACCAUGAGUUUACCAGGAAUACCAUUGCUGUCCCAUUGGCGUGAUGUAGACGAGGCAUCGUGGUGCAACGAAGACUCGCUGCAGACAUCGCUCAAAGACUGCUCACAAGAGGCAUGCGAGUGCACAUAUCGGAUUGACAUAAAAUAUAAUCAGGUGGUGGAGGUGGUGUAUGUGAACACCGCUAGAGGUAUACCGCAUCCGAUGCAUAUACAUGGAUACUAUUUUGAGGUUCUUGGAAUGGAGACCAUGUGGGACUUUUUCACCAUCGAGGAUUUUAAACGACUGGAUGCUCAAGGAGAAAUCUCCCGUAACCUGAAGAACCCUCCGAGGAAAGACACCAUCAUGAUACCAGUUGGAGGGUAUGUGAUAACAAGGUUCCGAUCUGAUAAUCCUGGCUGGUGGCUGAUGCAUUGCCACUUCGACGCCCACUUCGCGCUGGGUAUGGCGUUGGUGUUCCAUGUAGAAGGAUCAGUUCCCCCGCCACCUGCCUCUAUGCCUGUCUGUACUUAAUCCUCAUCGUCAUUGGCAUCUUGUAGAGUAGUAACACGUUGCUGACCCUAAUCCAGGGCCAGCGGAGCGGCUUUCAAAU